GUACAAGACCAUAUGAUACUAUACCUCAUAAUUUAGAUUUAGUUAAAGAUAUAUGCAGAGGCAAAAGACCACCAAUUCCUAUCGGUACACCGUCAUUCUAUUCGAAACUUAUGAAAGCUUGCUGGGACGAUAAUCCUCGAAAUCGUCCAGAUGCUAUAGAGAUUUCAAAAACUAUUUAUCACUGGCUAGUAGACAAUUCACUCGAUAGUUGCAUGCGAAAAAAUAGCAAAAAAUCCCAUUUCGGAAGGCUUCAUAACAAGAAGCUGGCACAUCCGGAUGCAGUGUAUCACAGUCGAUUAUUAGAUUUCCAAGAAAUAAAAGAAAUGAGACUGCGACAAUAUCUCUCAUUAAGUCUUCCACGUUCAAUUCAUACUCAAGAUUUUAUCGAAGAAUUAUCGCAAUCGCAAAGUGAUACGGAUAAUCAAUCACAGCCUUCGCAAGAUGUAACAAAUAAUUUGCAACCUUCGCGAGAUGAUCACAAUCAUUCACCACCUUCAAGAAAUACUUAUAACUUUAUAUCAAAUAUACAAAAUUCAUAUACAACUAAAUAUUCACCAAGAUCAAAAGAAACUUACAAAAUAUCAUCACCAAUUAGAGAUAUUUAUAGUUUCUUACCACCUAUGGAUUAUGAUUUGUCAAUUGACAAAUUCCCAAUAAUAGCUAAACAAUAUCGUGGAUCCAACGUCACUAUAUCAGAGAUACUUGAAACUGAUCAUUCAGAGGCGUUAGUAACCAAUCCAGCCAAUAAUAAACCUAACACUGAUGUUCGACAAAAUGUCACGAGUGUGUUUAUACCGGAAGAUGACAUUCAUGCAUUACAAACAUUUUGGGCAUUGGAAGGAGCUA